GUAAUGGCCGCAGGCUAUAACAGCGAUCACAAAUUCACGUGUCACAGCAAGUUAGAUGUAACCACCAUCUUAUUUAAUUCAAUUCUUUCAUUUUGUUUGAAGUGUCGGAUGUUUGAGUUGGAGUUUGCUAUAAAAGAUCUCACUUAAUGGCCUUAGAAUUAACCCCAUUACAUUCUCUGCUUAGCUGCUAAAAACAUUUAACAGUAGAUAUGAAGAGCUUUAUCCCAGUCGAUGCAGAGUGUCAUUUUUCCUUGCAGAAUCUGCCAUACGGGGUAUUUAAGCCCAGUCCUAGGGAAGAGGCUAGAGCUGGAGUGGCGAUUGGAGACUAUGUGUUGGACCUCAGUGCAAUCUGUAGAGCUGGGCUCUUUAAUGGGCCUCUUCUCAAAGGGUCUCACUGUUUUCUCGAGGGAACUUUGAAUGCAUUCAUGGCAAUGGGAAGACCUGCUUGGAAGGAGGCCAGAGCGACAAUCCAGAAGCUUUUAUCAGCUGAUGAUCCAACCUUGCGAGAUAAUGCUGAAUUACGGAGGAAAGCAUUGCUCCUAAUGAAUCAGGUCCAAAUGGUGCUUCCUGCUGUAAUUGGGGACUAUACGGAUUUUUUUUCCUCCAAGCAUCACACACAGAACUGUCUAGCUAUAUUAUUUGGCCCUGAAGCUCCUAUUCCUCCAAACUGGCUGUCUCUUCCUGUUGCUUACCAUGGAAGAGCAUCUUCUGUUGUUAUAUCUGGAACAGAUAUUGUGAGACCCAGAGGGCAAUUGCAUCCUGCUGGCAAGCCUUUACCAGGAUUUGGACCAUCUGCAAAGCUUGACUUUGAGUUAGAAAUGGCUGCAAUAGUUGGUCCUGGAAAUGAUUUGGGCAGAACUGUGAACGUGGAUGAUGCAAGUGACCAUAUCUUUGGGCUGGUUUUAAUGAAUGAUUGGAGUGCAAGAGAUAUACAGGCAUGGGAAUCUAUACCUCUUGGACCAUUUUUGGGGAAGAGUUUUGGAACAUCCAUCUCACCUUGGAUUGUCACUCUAGAGGCCUUAGAACCAUUUGCUUGUGAAGCUCAAGUACAGGACCCACCUCCUCUUCCUUAUUUGGCUGCUAAAAGUAGUCAUAGCUAUGACAUCCCCUUAGAGGUUUCCAUAAAACCAGCAGGAGAGGACAAAACAUUUGUUGUUUCCAGGAGCAAUUUCAAUCACUUAUAUUGGACGCUUGAGCAACAGAUUGCACAUCAUACUAUUAAUGGUUGUAAUCUGAGGUCUGGUGAUUUACUCGGAUCUGGAACUAUAAGUGGACCUAAUCCUGAAAACUUAGGUUCUCUAUUGGAGCUUACAUGUGAUGGGAAGAAGCAACUGAAGAUUGGAAAUAAUUUGAAUCGUACAUUUUUGGGAGAUGGUGAUGAAGUCAUUUUAACAGCAUGCUGUCAGGGUGAUGGGUAUAAGGUUGGCUUUGGUGCAUGUUCUGGGAAGGUUCUUCCAGCAAAUCUUUGAUUGCAGAUGCCAGCAAUCGCCAACUCUCUUCAAUAUGUACGAAGUCUAAAUGGAGCCGACUGUUACGUUUUGGUGAAAUGUUACACUUUAUUUUGAGGUUAAAUUUUUGUCAAGCAAACAAGAUAUGUGAUAAAUAGAAUUGUUGGUUUGGGUAUCUUGUUCAUGUUAUUCUGCAUGGUUGCACAGAUUCUUGACUAAACAAUUCAUCAUCAGAUUUUCAAGUUUCAUUUAACCGAUAAUAAGAUUUCAUCCUUCUUCCAGUGAGACAGCUUGGGAUUCUUUGCCCAUUUGAUUUAAGCUAUUCACAUGCCUUUCUUGCCUGUAUGGUAUUUCACAUGA